UUCAGUCAGGUGCCAAUAUACACGUGAUUGUUGUUGUUGUUUUGGUCGGCCCGCCAUUUUGCAUUAGAUAAUUGGAGAAACUUGUUAAGUGAGAGAGCGAAAUAAGAUCAAGAUGAACUGGCAGUAUAAACGUAGCCUCCCAUUUGACGUGAGGAGAGCAGAAGGUGAAAAAAUCAGAGCAAAGUAUCCUGACAAAAUUCCUAUUAUUGUAGAGAAGGCACCAAAGUCACGCGUGUCUGAUCUGGACAAGAAGAAAUACCUAGUGCCAUCAGAUCUGACAGUGGGCCAAUUCUGCUUCUUAAUAAGGAAAAGAAUAGACUUACGACCUGAGGAGGCACUUUUCUUUUUCGUAAACAAUGUACUUCCUCCCUCCAGUGCAACUAUUGGCCAGGUUUAUGAGGAACAUCACGAGGAAGACUUCUUUCUGUAUAUGACAUAUAGCAAUGAGAGUGUUUAUGGAGGGUAGAGGAUGAAAGGAGAGAGAAAGAAAGAGAGAAGGAGAGAACGAGAUUGCAAAAGAGAAAGAGAGAAUGAUUCAGCAGUUUGUGCUGAGUGACGAGUGUCAUCAUGUCAGCGGAUGUUUUUGCUGCAAGUGACUCUUGUGUCCUGAUUUUACUGGAUAUCAUGUAAAACAUUUGGCAGUGGAGUAGUGGUUCAAACAACAGGUUUGGUGACUUUGAAUAAAAUGGAUUUGUUUUCA